CUAAUUUAAAUGAUAACAACCUAAAACAAAUAAAUAACUUAAACUUCCUAAAAUAUAGAGAUAAUGGCUAAAUAAUAGGAUCUAAUUUCCAACACAUGGUGAGCGAGCCGAGGACUCGGGAACAGUGGGACUCCAGCCUCUUCGGUUGUCUUUACGAGUUUUGCGGCAGCGAUUCAGAAAUUUUGAAAUAUGGGAUCUCUUCUGAAAUCCUUAGGGAAAUGGAUUAGCUUUGAAGUUUAUUACAUUGAAAUGGAUUAAAGGUUUAAGUGUUUGUGAUUUUGGGGGUUAAAUAUCUUGAAAUUUAUUUUAUCAAAUUUAGUUUAUAUGCUUAUGGGCAUUAGGUUGUUGUUGUCUGAUUCCUCAUGGGUCAUGGAUGAAUGUUAAUGUUGGUCCAAGAAUCAUCUUCGAAGUCAUGGACUUUUUCCUUUCUCUUCCCUAUGUCUUUUUGAGGGGGAAGGUUGUCAUUGUUCAGUUGGGCUUCUAGUUCUUGACUUCUCCUGGUUGAAUGGGUUUCUUACUGCAUUUUCAUGUUUAUCUUUUUCGCUUUAUAUUUUUUGUUUACGGCAUCUGGCUAGGUUUCCUUGGAAGCAGGGCCCCAUGUGUGCUGUAUGGAAGCAAUGCUGAAGGACUUAUAUCUGGUCCUCAGACCUUUCGAAAUCACUGCUGGUUAUAUUGUGGUCUGUGCCUGAUUGGUAAUACGUGUUUCUUCCUGAUUGGUAAUACGUAUUUCUUCCUGCGUCUCUAUCCAUGCAUACUCUCUUGCCUCUGCCUCGCACCAUGCUUUUCAUUUCCUAAUCGUUCUGCCCUGCGGCGGAAGUUUAACCUGGAGGUAAGUGAUUCUCAAAUCCUUCCCUCUGCUUUUAAACUUUAAUAUUCCAUGAAUUGAGAUAAGCACUUCAGUUGCCAAACAUCUUUUCAAGGCUUAUUUAUGUUGACGAUACUUUUGACAAACAGGGCAGCUGUGAGGCACUUAGUAGGUCGUGUGGCUGCUGUGGGAGCUGCUUGGAAGAUGAGGUGCAGCGUGAACAUUGUGAAU